AUGAGUGGCGAUCCAGAUAUGGAGUGUUUUGGCCCGGCGGCCGUCUUCCUCCGGAAACCAGAGAGGGAGAGGAUAGAGGCCCAAAACACCCCAUUUGAUGCUAAAACAGCUUACUUUGUGGCUGAACCCACUGAGAUGUACCUCAAGGGGAAGCUCAUCAAGAGAGAAGGUGGUAAAGCCACCGUGGAGACUCUGAAUGGGAAGAGCCUCACUGUGAAGGAGGAUGACAUCCAUCCCAUGAAUCCUCCAAAGUUUGAUAAGAUUGAGGAUAUGGCCAUGAUGACCCACCUCAGCGAGCCUGCUGUGCUGUAUAACCUCAAAGAGCGCUAUGCAGCAUGGAUGAUCUACACCUACUCCGGGUUGUUCUGCGUCACCGUGAACCCCUACAAGUGGCUUCCUGUGUAUGACGCUCAAGUUGUAACAGGGUACAGAGGCAAAAAGAGGAUUGAGGCCCCACCACACAUCUUCUCCAUCUCUGACAACGCCUAUCAGUUCAUGCUCCAAGAUCGAGAGAACCAGUCUAUCCUGAUUACUGGAGAAUCCGGUGCAGGGAAGACUGUGAACACCAAACGUGUCAUCCAGUACUUUGCGACAAUCGCAGUGGCUGGAGGAAAGAAAGCAGAGCCAGUUCCUGGAAAAAUGCAGGGUUCACUGGAGGAUCAGAUCAUUGCAGCCAAUCCACUGCUUGAGGCCUAUGGUAAUGCCAAGACUGUGAGGAACGACAACUCCUCCCGCUUUGGUAAAUUCAUCAGAAUCCAUUUUGGAUCGACUGGAAAGUUGGCUUCAGCUGAUAUUGAAACAUAUCUGCUGGAGAAGUCUAGAGUGACGUUCCAGCUGUCUGCUGAAAGAAGCUACCACAUCUUCUACCAGCUGAUGACUGGCCACAAACCAGAGCUACUAGAUACUCUUCUGAUCUCCACAAACCCCUACGACUAUCCCAUGAUCAGUCAGGGUGAAAUCACAGUCAAGAGCAUCAAUGAUGUUGAGGAGUUCAUUGCCACUGAUACUGCCAUUGACAUCCUGGGAUUCAAUGCAGAAGAGAAGGUAAGCAUCUACAAGCUGACUGGAGCUGUGAUGCAUCAUGGCAACAUGAAGUUCAAGCAGAAACAACGUGAAGAGCAGGCCGAGCCUGAUGGCACUGAGGAGGCUGAUAAAAUCGCAUACCUCAUGGGCCUUAAUUCUGCUGAUAUGCUCAAGGCUUUAUGUUAUCCAAGAGUCAAGGUCGGCAAUGAAAUGGUGACAAAAGGUCAAACCGUGCCACAGGUGCAUAAUGCAACCAUGGCUCUGUGCAAGGCCGUCUAUGAGAAAAUGUUCUUGUGGAUGGUCAUAAGAAUCAAUGAGAUGCUGGACACGAAGCAGCCCAGAAGCUUUUUCAUCGGUGUGCUGGACAUUGCUGGCUUUGAAAUCUUUGACUUCAACAGCUUGGAGCAGCUGUGCAUCAACUUCACCAACGAGAAACUGCAACAGUUUUUCAACCACCACAUGUUUGUCCUGGAGCAAGAGGAGUACAAGAAGGAGGGAAUUGAGUGGGAGUUCAUUGACUUUGGUAUGGAUCUGGCUGCCUGCAUUGAGCUGAUUGAGAAGCCAAUGGGCAUCUUCUCCAUCCUUGAAGAGGAGUGCAUGUUCCCCAAGGCAACAGACAUGACCUUCAAGAACAAACUCAAUGAUCAGCAUCUUGGCAAGUCUGCACCCUUCCAGAAGCCAAAGCCUGCCAAAGGCAAAGCUGAGGCUCACUUUGCUCUGGUACACUAUGCUGGCACUGUGGAUUACAAUGUCACAGGCUGGCUGGAUAAGAACAAGGAUCCUCUGAACGAUUCUGUCGUCCAGCUGUACCAGAAGUCUUCACUGAAGCUGCUGUCCAUGCUGUUUGCUGCCCAUGCCUCUGCAGAAGAUGCAAAAGGUGGAAAGAAGGGUGGCGGAAAGAAGAAGGGUGGUUCAUUUCAGACGGUGUCAGCUCUCUUCAGGGAAAACCUGGGCAAGUUGAUGACCAACUUAAGGAGCACUCAUCCACAUUUUGUGCGCUGCUUGAUUCCCAAUGAAUCAAAAACACCAGGUCUCAUGGAGAACUUCCUGGUCAUCCACCAGCUGAGGUGUAAUGGUGUACUGGAAGGUAUCAGGAUCUGCAGAAAGGGUUUCCCCAGCAGAAUCCUCUAUGGUGACUUCAAGCAGAGAUACAAAGUGUUGAAUGCUAGUGUCAUCCCUGAGGGUCACUUUAUCGACAACAAGAAAGCCUCAGAGAAACUGCUGGGGUCAAUCGAUGUGGACAAAUCACAGUACAAGUUUGGCCACACCAAGGUGUUCUUCAAGGCUGGUCUACUGGGGAUGCUGGAGGAGAUGAGAGAUGAGAAGUUGGUUGAGCUGGUGACCAUGACACAGGCUCUCUGCAGAGGUUUCCUCAUGAGAACAGAAUUUGUCAAGAUGAUGGAGAGGAGGGAGGCGAUUUAUUCUAUUCAGUACAACAUCCGCUCAUUCAUGAAUGUCAAAACGUGGCCAUGGAUGAAGCUGUACUUCAGAAUCAAGCCUCUUCUCAAGAGUGCAGAGACUGAAAAGGAGAUGGCUCAAAUGAAAGAAGACUUUGAAAAAACAAAGGAGGAACUAGCAAAGGCUUUGGCCAAGAAGAAAGAACUGGAGGAGAAGAUGGUUACUCUCCUACAGGAAAAGAAUGAUUUGCAGCUCCAAAUUCAGUCUGAAGGUGAGAACUUGGCUGAUGCAGAGGAAAGGUGUGAGGGGCUCAUUAAGAGCAAGAUCCAGCUUGAGGCCAAACUCAAAGAGGCGUCCGAGAGACUGGAGGAUGAAGAGGAGAUCAAUGCUGAGCUGACUGCAAAGAAGAGGAAGCUGGAGGAUGAGUGCUCUGAGCUGAAGAAAGACAUUGAUGACUUGGAGCUCACCUUGGCCAAAGUGGAGAAGGAAAAACAUGCCACUGAGAACAAGGUAAAAAAUUUGAUUGAAGAAAUGGCUUCUCAAGAUGAGACCAUUGCCAAGCUGACUAAGGAGAAGAAAGCCCUUCAAGAGACCCACCAGCAGAUCCUUGAUGAUCUUCAGGCAGAGGAAGACAAAGUCAACACUCUGACCAAGGCCAAGACCAAGCUGGAGCAGCAAGUUGAUGAUAUUGAGGGUUCCUUGGAGCAAGAGAGAAAGCUUCGGAUGGACCUUGAGCGAGCCAAAAGAAAGCUUGAAGGAGACUUGAAACUGGCCCAUGAAUCCAUAAUGGAUCUGGAGAAUGACAAGCAGCAGUCCGAUGAGAAACUCAAAAAGAAGGACUUUGAGACCAGCCAGCUCCUGAGCAAGAUAGAAGAUGAACAGACACUUGGCAUUCAGCUCCACAAGAAAAUAAAGGAACUGCAGGCCCGUAUUGAGGAGCUGGAGGAGGAGAUUGAAGCUGAGCGUGCAGCUCGGGCCAAGGUGGAGAAGCAGAGGUCUGAUCUCUCCAGGGAACUUGAGGAGAUCAGUGAGAGGCUUGAGGAAGCAGGUGGAGCGACGUCUGUUCAGAUUGAGAUGAACAAGAAGCGCGAGGCUGAGUUCCAGAAGCUGCGCCGUGACCUGGAAGAGUCCACCCUGCAGCAUGAGGCCACUGCAGCAGCUCUCCGCAAGAAGCAGGCUGACAGUGUGGCCGAACUGGGAGAACAGAUAGACAACCUUCAGCGUGUCAAACAGAAGCUGGAGAAAGAAAAAAGUGAAUAUAAGAUGGAGAUCGAUGACCUCAGCAGCAAUAUGGAGGCUAUUGCCAAAUCAAAAGGCAACCUGGAGAAAAUGUGUCGUACCCUUGAAGAUCAAAUAGGUGAAUUAAAGGCCAAGAGUGAGGAGCAUAUGCGCCAGUUCAAUGACAUGAAUGUUCAAAGAUCUAGACUGCUGACUGAAAAUGUGGAAGUCAGUCGUCAGUUGGAGGAAAAAGAGUCUCUCGUUUCCCAGCUGACAAGGAGCAAACAAGUUUACAUUCAGCAGAUCGAGGAGCUUAAGAGACACCUUGAGGAAGAAGUCAAGGCCAAGAAUUCCCUGGCUCACGCCGUUCAAGCAGCUCGUCAUGACUGUGACCUGCUCAGAGAGCAGUAUGAGGAGGAGCAGGAGGCCAAGAGCGAGCUGCAGCGAGGAAUGUCCAGGGCCAACAGCGAGGUGGCUCAGUGGAGGAGUAAAUAUGAAACUGAUGCUAUCCAGCGCACUGAGGAGCUUGAGGAAGCAAAGAAGAAGCUUGCUCAGCGCCUCCAGGAUGCAGAGGAAUCAAUUGAGGCUGUGAACGCAAAAUGUGCCUCUCUGGAAAAGACAAAACAGAGACUUCAGGGUGAAGUAGAGGACCUGAUGAUCGAUGUGGAGAGAGCUAACGCUCUGGCUGCUAACCUUGACAAGAAGCAAAGGAACUUUGACAAGGUUCUUGCAGAAUGGAAGCAGAAAUAUGAGGAGAGCCAGGCAGAGCUGGAGGGAGCUCAGAAAGAGGCUCGUUCCCUCAGCACUGAGCUGUUCAAGAUGAAGAACUCAUAUGAAGAAGCUCUGGACCACCUGGAGACCUUGAAGAGAGAGAACAAGAAUCUGCAACAGGAGAUCUGUGAUCUAACCGAACAUAUUGGCGAAUCAGGAAAGACCAUCCAUGAGUUGGAAAAAGGGAAAAAGACAGUAGAGAGUGAGAAGGCAGAAAUCCAAACGGCUCUAGAGGAAGCAGAGGCAACACUUGAGCACGAAGAAUCCAAGAUUCUCCGUGUUCAGCUGGAACUCACCCAAGUCAAAGGUGAAAUUGAGAGGAAAAUUGCAGAGAAGGAUGAGGAGAUAGAGCAGAUCAAGAGGAACAGUCAGAGAGUGAUUGAGUCCAUGCAGACCACUUUGGAUGCAGAGAUCAGGAGCAGGAAUGAUGCCCUGAGAAUCAAGAAGAAGAUGGAGGGAGACCUCAAUGAGAUGGAGAUUCAGCUGAGUCAUGCCAACCGUCAGGCCGCUGAGGCCCAGAAACAGCUGCGAAAUGUCCAGGGACAACUGAAGGAUGCCCAACUGCACCUUGAUGAUGCCCUAAGAAGUGAAGCGGACAUGAGAGAGCAGGUUGCCAUGGUGGAGCGCAGGAACAACCUGAUGACAGCUGAAAUUGAGGAGCUGAGAGCUGCCCUGGAGCAGACAGAGAGAAGCCGCAAAGUGGCUGAACAGGAGCUGGUUGACGCCAGUGAGCGUGUGGGGCUGCUGCACUCCCAGAAUACAAACCUUAUAAAUACUAAAAAGAAGUUAGAGGCUGACCUUAUCCAACUCCAAGGUGAAGUGGAAGAUGCCGUCCAGGAAGCAAGAAAUGCUGAGGAGAAGGCCAAGAAGGCCAUCACUGAUGCUGCCAUGAUGGCUGAAGAGUUGAAGAAGGAGCAGGACACCAGCGCUCAUUUGGAGAGGAUGAAGAAGAACCUGGAGGUCACAGUCAAGGACCUGCAGCACCGUCUGGAUGAGGCUGAGAGCCUCGCUCUGAAGGGAGGCAAGAAGCAGCUCCAGAAACUGGAGGCCAGGGUUCGAGAGCUGGAAUCUGAGGUUGAGGCUGAACAGAGACGCGGUGCUGAGGCAGUGAAGGGCAUCCGCAAGUACGAACGCAGAAUGAAGGAGCUGACUUACCAGGCUGAGGAAGACAAGAAGAAUAUCACCAGACUGCAGGAUCUGGUUGACAAGCUGCAGCUGAAAGUGAAGUCCUACAAGCGACAGGCUGAGGAUGCUGAGGAGCAGGCCAACACUCACCUGUCCAGGUACAGGAAGGUUCAGCAUGAAAUGGAGGAAGCUCAGGAGCGCGCUGACAUCGCCGAGUCCCAAGUCAACAAGCUGAGAGCCAAAAGCCGUGACAUUGUCAGGGGAAAGGAGGCUGAAGAGUGAGCAUCACGGUCUAGCUGAGACAGUCAAGAAAUCAUACAAUAUGAUUUUUUCUUGUGGAAUUGUCUUCUAGUGUGCAACAAGAAAUAAAUCU